AAGGAUCAUAUGGAACAAGACACUGGGAUAAACAAGACAGUUCUCACUGAAUUCAUCCUGCUGGGCCUUGUGGAAUCAGAAGAGUUGCAGACUGUGGUCUUCGUACUCUUCCUUUUUGCCUACAUGAUCACAGUGGGGGGUAACCUUACCAUCCUGGCAGCUAUUUUGCUGGAACCCAAACUCCACACACCCAUGUAUUUCUUCCUGGGAAACCUGUCAGUUCUGGACAUUGGGUGCAUCACUGUCACUGUUCCUCCAAUGCUGAAUCGUCUCCUGUCCCACAAACGUACGAUUUCCUAUAAAGCUUGCCUCUUCUUCUUCCACCUCCUGGCUGGAAUGGACUGUUUUCUGUUAGCAGCCAUGGCCUAUGACCGCUUCCUGGCCAUUUGCCGGCCCCUCACCUACAGCACCCGCAUGAGCCAAGUAAUCCAGAGGAUACUGGUGAUUGUAUCUUGGGCUUGUGCCUUCACCAAUGCACUGACUCACACUGUUACCCUAUCUACUCUCACCUUUUGUGGCCCCAAGGAAAUCAAUCACUUUUACUGUGACCUUCCACAGCUCUUCCAGAUCUCAUGCUCUAGCACCCACGUCAAUGAGCUGGUGCUCUUUAUUGCUGGUUUCUUGAUGGCAGGUAUUCCUGUGCUUCUCAUCAUCACCUCCUACAUCCACGUGGCCGCUGCAGUUCUACGAAUCCGUUCAGUGGAGGGCCGGAAGAAGGCUUUCUCUACAUGUGGCUCCCACCUCACUGUAGUCUCCCUCUUCUAUGGGACAGGUAUCUUCAACUAUAUGCGCUUGGGUUCAGAGGAAGCGUCAGACAAGGAUAAGGGGGUAGGAGUUUUCAAUACUGUCAUCAAUCCCAUGCUGAAUCCACUCAUCUACAGCCUCAGAAACUCUGAUGUUCAGGGUGUUUUGUGGCGAGUGCUUGUAGGGAGGUGA